UUCUUUUCCUACUUCAUCUUGUUCCACUAUAUAUAUAGCUUGUGUGUUUCUCAAUCUUCUAAAUAUUUCUAUACUUGUAUUUUCAACUGAAUAAUUAACUAUUGCACUUUGAAGAAUACAUAUUUCACUAAGCUUUGUUGACUCUAUACAUUAUUACACUAAUUAAGGUAACUAGCUUAAUUAAGAAUAUGUCUAGCAGAAGAUCAAGGCAACAAUCAGGAGGGUCUACAAGAAUCUCUGAUGAUCAAAUUAUUGAUCUUGUUUGCAAGUUGCGUCAACUCAUUCCAGAAAUUCGCAAUAGGCGCUCCGACAAGGUACCAGCUUCUAAGGUCCUACAAGAAACUUGCAACUAUAUCAGAAACUUACAAAGAGAGGUUGAUGAUUUAAGCAUGCGAUUGUCUCAAUUGUUGGCUACAAUUGAUGCUGAUAGUGCUGAAGCUUCUAUCAUUAGGAGCCUACUUAACCAAUGAUUUCAUUAUUAUUAUAGUCUUAGUUAAUUAAUUAUAUAGACAUUUUCAAUUUUCAAUAAAAAUUUAGUACUUGCAUGCACUAUAUAGCUAGCUACAUAUUUAUAUGUGCCUCUUUUAGAAGGCCAAAAAAUGUAGCACUUGUUUGAUUUAUUAAGGUUUUGAUAUAGUUUCAGGUUUAUUAGUGUAAUGACUUCAGUUGGAGGUUUGUGAUCAGAUUUGUAAUGUAUAAUGUUAAUGUUUAAUUCU